GCAGCCGGCACUCCGCAGCCUUCCUACCGGCGAACACAUAGGCGAAUCCGGCGAUUCUUCUCAUUCUCCAUCGGCGAUCACAGUGCACAGCGGCAAUCUCAGCUUAGACUUCUUCAACGUUUGAAUUUUCUCCCUUCCACAAGCUCCCCCCUUCUCCUUACUAGUCAACUGAAAUCGGCAUAAUAGCCAUGGAAGAAGAGAGAUGAACAAGAUGAGAUAAUUGAUGCUAUGGAAGAGCUGAAAGAACUUGUCGAGUGCUUCAGGGUGUUGUCGCCAGAGCUUAUAUCAUGGACGCUGGCAAAUAGAAAUGAUAUUUGGGAGCACAAUCCGAGAAUGAAGCUUUCUGAAAGAGCUCGCAAAACAUUGAGAAAAAUAUUUGCGGUCGGUUAUCAAUCAAUAUGUGCAUAUGCCAUAUGGAGGGUCAUACUACUCUUUAGGAGAUUUUAAAAUUGACAAUGAUGGAGCCGCAUCCUUCCUUGAGAACAAGUUUAUCCAAGAAGUUUCGGGAGAAGAUGUCCAAGCCCCUAUAAGGGUUGCAUUAAAUAUAGUCGACCUUUUUUGGCAUGUUGCACCUGGCAAGCAAGAUCCCCCCAUUGAAGUCACAAACUUUAGGGAGCUUUGUUCUCUUGCCCUAAAGAAGACUGACGAGAUGUCUAUCCGGAAGCUGUGUUAUUACAUUUUCAAAAAUCUGAUCGUGUUUGAUCGAGGAGAUGAAUUAUGCUUUCUACUGAAGAUGUGGAAUUUGUACAUGAUGGACGAGGGUAAUGCUAAGGCAUCAAAACAACAUUUUGGUGAUUUUACAAAAGCUACCGAACUUUCAGACUACAUAAUGAGGAUUGAGCCCGAGGACCAAGAAUUGGUUUGCUUAAGGAGAUUUGAUGCUCCCGGAAGGAGUGAAAAGGAUUUGCUAAAUAUACCAAUCAAUGAGAGGUAUGAGAAGGCAGACUCAGUCAUUGCAUUUAUCAUGGACGCCAUUCGUCACUUUUAGAAAGUCAGGAGCAAAAUCAAACGGAGGGGUUCCCACUUGUUAUGCCUCGAUGAGCUUUUAGAGAUGAUAUUGGAUAAACACUAUGAAGACGUGAUUCCUAGAAUGUGGCUGGCAAUGAAGGACAAACAUUGGGAAUCAGUAGAUUCAGGUACUAACUAACAUUGGCAGACCAUUAAAUUUUAUAAUUAAUUAAUAUUGGCAGACCAUUCACUUUUAUAAUUUAUUAACAAGAUUUCAUUACUUUUUUUGGAUGUAGUACUCUUCGUGAUCUAUUGUAGCGGGAAAUUGAAAUCGGGUUCGUAAGAAACCAAAAGGACCCUCCACAUGAUGAGUGUUGUGUUUUGGUGGUUUGUUGAAUCCUUUGGAGGAAAGAGUGGUCUUUAUAUUACAUGUUUAAUUAUGGAGGAAAGAGUUUGUUUAAUUUUUUACGAACAUAAAGACCAUCCCGUAAUUAAACAUGUAAUAUAAAGACCACCCUUUCCUCCAAAGGAUUCAACAAACCACCAAAACACAACACUCAUCAUGUGGAGGGUCCUUUUGGUUUCUUACGAACUCGAUUUCAAUUUCCCGCUACAAUAGAUCACGAGGAGUACUACAUCCAAAAAAAGUAAUGAAAUCUUGUUAAUAAAUUAUAAAAGUGAAUGGUCUGCCAAUAUUAAUUAAUUACUCCCUCCGUCCCAAAAAAUCCGACACGUUUCGAAAAAACUGUGUCCCAUAAAGUCUGUAACAUUUCUAUUAAAAAACUACUUUUUAUCCCUUACUUUUUCAUACCCUACCUAACACACCUUUUUUCUAAUAAUCUACCCAUCACAUUCUACUUUUACCCAUCACAUUAAGGGUAUUUUUGGAAAGUCAACACUAAAAUAUCCCUCCUUUACUUUCCCAAAAAGUAAAUAUGUACCAAUCUUUUUGGGACGGAGGGAGUAAAAUUUUAUGGUCUGCCAAUGUUAGUUGGUACCUGAAUCUACUGAUACCUGAUUCCCAAUGUUUCUCCGUCAUUGCCAGCCACAUUCUAGGAAUCACGUCUCCAUAGUGUUUAUCCAAUAUCAUCUCUAAAAGCUCACCGAGGCAUAACAAGUGGGAACCCCUCCGUUUGAUUUUGCUCCCGACUUUUUAAAAGUGACGAAUGGCUUCCAUGAUAAAUGCAAUGACUGAGUCUGCCUUCUAAUACCUCUCAUUGAUUGGUAUAUUUAGCAAAUCCUUUCCACUCCUUCCGAGAGCAUCAAAUCUCCUUAAGCAAACCAAUUCUUGGUCCUCGGGCUCAAUCCUCAUUAUGUAGUUUGAAAGUUUGGUAGCUUUUGUAAAAUCACAAAAAUGUUGUUUUGACAUUAAACUUUUACGAAGGAU